CUCUCCUCUUGCCUCCUACUAUUUAUUGAAAACAACCUCCUCUCAUCCCAACAACUGACAGAUCAUAUCAUAUCUUAACUAUACUACUACUUACCCUUCCUUAUAACAUCCCUACCAUCAUCCUAAUAACCAUCGUCAUCAUCCUCUCCACCAAUUGAACACCACCACAACCACCAUAUCCCGAAGGGAACCCAGACACCAACAGACCAUCACAAUGGGCAGCAUCCUCCCUCCCACCACGCCUCCAACCUACAAAACCCCCUGGAACCCGACCCCUCUCAUCGAAUCCACAACCCUCUCCCGCGCCGCAGGAUGUAGAAUCUUCCUGAAACUCGAAAACAUCCAACCCAGCGGCUCCUUCAAGUCCCGCGCCAUGGGCAACCAAAUCCUCUCACACCUCCUCAAGCCCGAGAACCACCACCGUCCCGUGCACUUCUACGCUUCCUCCGGCGGCAACGCCGGCCUAGCUGCCGUCUGCGCGGCCCGGAGCCUAGGGUACCCCUGCACGGUAGUGGUACCUGUAUCGACGAAGCCGCUGAUGGUGCAGAAGCUGCGGAAUGCAGGAGCAGCGGAUGUGAUUCAGUACGGAGAGACAUUCUCAGAGGCAGGGCAGUACAUGAAGGAUGUUGUGAUGAAGACCAAGAACACCGAUGGUGAAGACAGCGAAGGUGUUGAUGACGUUGUGAAGAUUGCCCUGCAUCCAUUCGACAACGAGCCCAUCUGGCAAGGGAACAGCACUAUCAUUGAUGAACUGGUGGAGCAGAUCCCGCCGCCUGUCGGGGAGGAAGAGGAGGAAGUGCAUGCAGGUCGUGCGUUGCCGGUUGAUGUUAUUGUUUGUAGUGUUGGCGGUGGGGGGUUGUUGAAUGGAUUGGUUAUGGGGAUUGAGAGGCAUAGGGCUAAGGCUAAGAUGUCUGCUGCUGCUGCUGCUGCUGAUGAUAGUACUGCGAAGCCUGUUCAUCUUGUGGCUGUUGAGACCAAGGGCACGGAUUCUCUGGCUACGGCGCUGGAGAGUAACGAGUUGGUCUCGUUGCCGAAGAUUACGUCGCAGGCUACGUCGUUAGGGGCUAUUAAGGUCUCUGAGAGGACGUUUCAGUAUGCGGUGCAGCCGCCGCCGGGCGUGAAGGUGCAUAGUGCGGUGUUUUCGGAUGCGGAGGCCGCUAGGGGCGUGUUGAGGCUUGUGGAUGAUGAGAGGUUGUUGGUUGAGUUGGCUUGUGGUGUUUGUGUGGAGGCUGCGGUUGGGGGGACUAGUUGUGCUUCUUCAUCUUCUUCUUCGAAGAUGGUGGCUGCUGGUCAGAAGAGGAAGAGGGGCAUGGAUGCUGGGUAUGUGAGUAAGGAUGAAGGCUAUGGGGAUGAUCGGCUGUCUGCUGGGGAGAAUGAGGAUGAUGGUCCGGUGUCUUCGCCGUCGCUGUCGGCCUCUGCUGGGGGGCUGCAGUCUAAGUUGAAGGAGUUGGUGCCGGACUUGAAUGAAGACAGUCGCGUGGUUAUCAUUGUUUGCGGUGGCAGCAAUGUUACUAUCGAUAUGGCGGCAGAGUGGAGGAAGAUGUUGGCUGAGGGGUGGGCAUGAGAGUGAUUGUUAAGAUUUCAUGGCUAUUUCUUCUAUGGGUUGUGGUGUAUCUCUUGGCUUUGAUUGUUCUUGUGAAAACUUGGGUUGCAUGGGUCUCACUAUACAGGUUAAUGAUGUAUGACACAGCGUGCUUGU